ACCUAACUUUUUCCGCUACCCAUCAUAAAACAGGUGUUCUACUACCGGUCCCGUCCAUACUAAAACCAAUAAGCAAAUAGAAACAAAAGUACAAUUUACUGUUUACAAAGAUGUCGGUACAGACCUUGCUUUUGGACUUUUCUAUUGAUCCUGCCCGGCUAGGAGACGAAAGUGGCCAGAAAGCAGUAUUCAGUCAAUUAGAAACUGUAAUAAAAGAGUACAUUCCGAAUCUCCUUCUUGCCGCUGAUAUCAAAGUAGAUGGAGGAUCUCUGAAACUCAUGACAGGAAAGAAAGGUACCACUGUCUCUGUAAGAUUGUUUGACCGAGGUCUUGUAACUGUUAACAUUGAAUACUACAAGGAAGACAGUGAAGAAGCACUAAUAAGUUUCAAGUCAGCCAGAGUAUUGGAAAGUCAGCUGAAAAAAUACAUCACAUUCAUAAAAUCACAAACUUACGCGCCUCUUAAAAGAUGCCUGUUUGGCAGGUAUUAUCCAUCAUCGGAUGAAAGACUACUCGAAUAUGAUAUCGAUAACGUAGUAUUUGAUGAACAGUCGCCGUUCCAACGAGUGCAAAUCGUCCACUCUAAAACUAUGGGCAACAUGUUGGUACUUGAUGAUUUGCAAAAUAUAUCUGAAGCAGAUUUAGUCUACACCGAAACUCUAAUGCAAAGAGGCAAGGAGAAUUAUGAAGGAAAAGAAAUUGUUAUAUUAGGUGGCGGUGACGGUGCUCUUUUAUAUGAACUACUGAAAGAGAAGCCCAAGUUCAUAUGGAUGUUGGAGAUUGAUGAGAUGGUGAUGACCGUCUGUAACAAAUACUUGCGCACUAUCUGUGGGGACGUGCUGGAGAGACGAAAGGGACCCAAUUAUGAAAUUAUCGUUGAAGACUGUAUGCUUACCGUGAAUAAAUUCAUAAAGGAAAAUAAGAAAGUGGACUAUAUAUUCGGGGAUCUGACUGACAUACCCAUCUCGGAUUCUGCUUGUGGGGAACUCUGGGAGUUUAUGAUUACUAUUCUGCAGUCAGCUUUCAAGAUACUAAAGUCAGAUGGAAAAUUCAUGACUCAUGGAAAUGGUGCUACAUCCCCCGAGUCUUUAGAACUUUACGAACAAGAGUUGGCGAAGCUCAAACCUCCCGUGAAAUUCACUAAAAGCAAAGCUUUUGUGCCGUCUUUCCUGGAAGACUGGAUCUUUUACCAAAUAUCUUUUGACAAUGCAGGCAACGGAGAUGCUUAACACACGGAUACCAAAGAAUCACUAUCGUUCCUUACAAGUAUUUCUAGUUCUACUAAGUCAUUAUUUUGUAUUAAUUAAUGCCAUUUUUCUAGAUAUAUGAUUUUUUAAUAAUACCUCAAGGAAAGUUCCUUAUAUAGAGGGAUGUGUAGUAUAGUAAGAGAUUUUUUUACAAUUUGUAAAAUGUAUUUCUUAGCUUGCUUUUUACUAUCAGUAUUUUUUUGCGUCAGACGGCAUUAUUUAAGUGUAUUCUUUUUCAUUAUAGGUCACAUUAUUUUUGAAACAUUUUAAAUGUUUGUUAUACAGAGACUAUUUUGUUAUAUGUUGACGUUUCUAGUUUGUUUUAUGGCAUUUGUAAGGGAAUUUACUACAAUAUUAAUGUUUAUUUCAUAGGUGUAUUGGAUAUUUGCCUAUUACUUUUCAACGCCUCAGUAACUUGGCAUAUAAAAUAAAUUCCAUAGGUACUUGAAAGUAAAUAUCCAGUAUAGUAGAUCUAGUGUGUGAUUUUUGUUAUAUUUGAAAAAUAAUAAUAGUCUUUUCUUUUGUUUGAAUAUUAACGGAAAAAAAUCGUUUCAUUGAAGAGAAAUU